CCCCAACUCCAAAACUUUUUUCAGUACUCGUUGUGGAGAUAAAAAGAAAGAAGUUGCAAUCAUUCCAUAAUUUCCAUCUCCAAUUUUUGCAUUCAAAUCUCUUGCGAUUUUCUUGAUCUCAAUCUUCUUUGAACACAGAGUUAGAGAGAGGAGAGAGGAUUGAAGAUGCCGAUAGAGAUGCCGAGGGGCCUGCCGUUUUCGGUGGAUACAUGGACGCCUUGUUCAAAGAGGAAGAGACACCAUUUCCUCACCCACGCUCACAAGGACCACGCGCAGGGGAUGGCUGCCCACGCUUCUUAUCCUAUCUACUCUACUCUCCUCACUAAAACGCUUAUCCUCCAGUACUAUCCUCAGCUUGAUGGAUCGAUGUUUGUUGGUAUUGAGGUUGGGCAGUCGUUGAUCGUUGAGGAUCCGGAAGGUGAUUUCAUCGUCACUGCUUUUGAUGCCAAUCAUUGUCCGGGGGCUGUCAUGUUUCUAUUUGAAGGAAAUUUUGGGAAUAUUCUGCAUACGGGAGAUUGCAGAUUAACUCCUGAAUGUUUGCAAAGCUUACCGGACAAGUACAUUGGCAAGACAGGAAAACAACCAACGUGUCCACUUGAUUACAUCUUUUUAGAUUGCACAUUUGGUCAGUUUCCUUUGAAGAUGCCCAGCAGAUACAUGGCAAUCCAGCAGGUUAUCAAUUGUAUAUGGAAACACCCUGAUGCCCGCACGGUGUAUUUGACAUGUGAUCUUCUAGGUCAAGAAGAGAUACUUGUACGGGUGGCUCAUACAUUUGGCGAGAAAAUAUUUGUUGAUAAAGCCAAUAAUUUAGAAUGCUUUAAAUCUCUCAAGCUUAUAGUCCCUGAGAUAAUAUCGGAAGAUCCAUCUUCCCGUUUCCAGUUAUUAGAUGGAUUCCCAAAACUAUAUGAAAGAGCUGAAGCAAAGAUAGCUGAGGCUUGUGCCCAUUUUCAGCAUGAACCUCUUAUUAUUCGCCCUUCUUCACAGUGGUAUGCCUGUGAUGAAGGUCAUUUCGAGAGAGAAAACUGGAGAAAAGAAAGAUUUGAUCACGCAGUUAGAGAUCCUUAUGGUGUUUGGCACAUCUGUUACUCAAUACACUCAUCCAGGGAUGAAUUGGAGUGGGCCUUGCAGCUUCUUGCACCUAAAUGGGUAGUGUCGACAACUCCUAGCUGCAGGGCCAUGGAGCUGGAUUAUGUUAAGAAGAACUGUUUCAAUAAUCAACAAGCUUUCAGUCACUCUCUCCAGAAACUUCUGGACAUCAGUGCAGUAGCCUCUUUAGGACCAGAUGAGUCAGAAAAAAGUAUGAGCUGCUCACAUGUUGUGGAGAACAUUUCCAUUAGCUGUGUAGAAACCCAACCUGAACCAGUUGUCAUAUCCACACGCCACAGAAAACGGUUGAGUUUCUCUCCCCCAAGCAAAAGACGCAUGAUCACAUUAUUUGGAAGAGCAAGGCUUGGCUUCUGUGAUUCUACUUUCCAACAUGAACAGAAAGUAGAAUUACCCAUGAGUAGUGACUCCAUUGAGAGAGUAUCGAUUGAAACAAAAGAUGUGUCUUCUAAAAAGGAAGAUGUGGCUGAAUUGAAACUUGCACAGCUACAUAAAACAAUGAAAACAACUGAUUUUGCAGAAACAGAAAACACUUCUGAACACAUAAAUAUAGAGAAUAAAAAAGUUGAUGUAUUUCCACCUAUUAGCUUGUCAAAUAGCUAUAGUGGAAAUCUAAGAAGAUUUUACAGGUCUAUGAAUGUGCCAGUACCUCAGCGUCUUCCAUCCCUUUUGGCGCUUAUGGAUGCCAAAAGAUCUGCAAAGAACAGGAUGUGAAUUGUGGUUUCCUUGCAUAUAUCCAACGUCCUUCUGGCUAUUUAUAGCUUGACUAUGAUCUACUUAGCUUGGAUGUUCAUGAAGAAUAUCCAUCUGUCUCUGCUCUCCAAUGUCUGACUUUGAGUUGCAGAUGUUAUUAGCUGGCUCUUCAGCCAGUGAAGCAGUUGCAGGUGCAGGUCAGUAUGCUACUUGUUUAAAUUUCUUUUCAGUUGCUGGCUUAAUGGGCUGAUACAACAUUGUGAUUCUUAUGAGGAUCACCUAUUGUUUGUCAAUUGACGUGUAUCCAAAUGUAAUUAUAUUACGAAUAUAUGAUAACUAUUAGGCCUUCAGGCACCAUGCAUCCAUUCCUUCAAUUUGAUUGUUUAUGUAGCAUAAACAUUGGAAUUACCAUCCUUAUGUGAAAUACAGUUGCCAUAUAAUUCAUAUCUUGGUGGCUGCAACCAAUAACUUUCGGCUUCUGAUAUUAUUCUGGCUGAAGAGAUUUGUAGAUCUUCUUUUCUGCUCCCUUUGGUUUUCUGGAUAUUUCAAAUGUUAGUAAGUUAUGUGUCUACUAUAUUGUUGAACCUUUAGACGUAGUACUUGUAGUGGCUGGGAAACGCAUUUGUAAUUUUCAAGACACAGCCAAAUAAUAAAUCAUAAAUUAGUCAGGAAGGAAGUUACAUAAGUGAGUUGGUGAGCGUGGUUUUGUUGUCUUUUAAGUUAUCAUCAUAAAAACAUA